AUGAGUAGGAGCGGGCAAGGAGACCAAGGACAGCUGACAAAGACGAUAAUAGUCACUGGGUUCAAUGAUCUGAAACACCAUGAGGAGGUUAGGGACAGGGUCAAGAAGAGGUUUGAGGUAAAGGAAAGCUACACAAUUCAGAACGAUUAUAGAGUGCUCUGCAUACUCUUCUACGACGAGAGGAAAGCAAGAGAGGCAAUUUCUUAUCUCAAGGAAUCUGAAGGCCUUUCGUCCUACCACAUAAUAAGCAAGUACGAGAUUCCUAGAGAUAUGGAUAAAUGCGAUGAGUCCAGGAAUCAAAGCACGUUACUAUUUACCUUUAAGAACUUAGCAGGAUCUGUAGACGACAAGGAGUUUUCCGAAGAGGUCUGUAAGUUUGGGGAGGUAAAGGAUAUCCGAUAUGUAAAAACACAUCAGAGAUGUGUGGAGUUCUACGACUCAAGAAGUGCAGUUGCAGCCUUCCAUGGGAUGAACGAGCUGAAGUUCAUGGAUGGAGUGAUGCAAGCAAAGUGGGUCUGGGACCUUUCUACAAAAACGAGGUGGGAACUUAUAAGACUAACGGAUAGCAUCCUGAAGGAGUGCAAGCUGGAGAUAAAGACACCCACAAAGAGGGAGAGUGAGGACAGUAGAGAGGAGGUAAAGAAAAAGAGAAGGGCCCAAGAAAGCAGCGGAAUGCACACGAAGAACAUAUUCCUCCAAAGAUUUGACGCCUUUAUUGCAUCCAACAUUGACUAUAUAACCGAAGGAUACAUCAGCGAUUAA